UGGCUUUAUAUCCAUGUUUCAAUGAUUGUUGCAAAACAUACAUGAAUGCUAAUGGAUCUUUUUGUAAGAUUGAAUCCCAAAACUUUGAGAAGUAUGUUAAUUGCAACAAUGUUUGCUUCCGGAAAGGGUAUGAUUCUCCCAUGUUAUGGGUAGGUCUUUACAUAGCAGGUGCUUCUCUAGUAUGCAUGAUAGCCUUCCUAUUCGACCUAUUCAACGGUUUCCGAACCAAGAAGCUUUGGUUUCCUUGCAAGUUCUUCGCUCUCAACGCCGCCAUAUCUUCCCUCCUCGCCAUUGCCACGAAGAUUCCCAGCGAUUUAACUACCCCCAUGACCUCCCUUAUCGAGCAGUUCAUGAAAGUCUUCGGUACCACCUUGAUGUCCAUAUCACUGGCAAACUUCAUGCCCUCUCUUGCCUCCAUGUCUGAUUCAGAACUCUCUUCCAACUUGAUGGCCCUCGCCCUCUUAAUCGUCCCUCUUAUUUCAAAUAUUUGUAUCCAGUUCAAAACCGGAGUGAUUGAAAAAUAUCUCAUACCACUACAUGUAGUCAUCCUAUCCUGCAUUUUCCUCCAGUUUUCCUUGCUCAUUUCCACGGCCAUAGCUUCUCCCACCAUGAAAAUACAACUCGACUCUGCCUACAAGAAGAAAGCCACGUCAACAGCAAAAGAUUCUGAAUCCAUUUCCAACGACAAGGAGUUAAUUAUGAAGCAUUGGGUUAUGUCGCAGACAAGCAACCCUCAAUUUGGGAUAGCUCGUUCUGUUAUAUGCACUACUUCCGGUGCAAUCUGUUUACUAAUCCUUCUUUUACUAGCUUUAAAUAUUCUUCCAAUCGUCAUUGACCCCGAAAACUCUGACUUAUACCACGUUUUCGAUUUCAAAGAAAUCAUUCACCCCAAAUCCAAUUACAAGUGGUCGGUGUUUUUCAUUGUGGCAGCUCAAACGGCCGCGAUUCUCUUCGGUUCCAUAUCCCCAAUAUGUCGAUGGCUCACGGUGGUUUGGUUCAAAUUUGCAGGAUGGCCAAAAUCAAGCUUUAGAGAUUUGUGGACAGUAGAGGAAUACUGGACUGAGAGAUUACGCGAAAUGAAACACUCGCGGUCACGAUUGAAUUGCCGCCUUUUGAAAUUAAAAAAAUGGAAUGGGAGAGCUCUGUUUCUCAAUAUUUGUAUUACGUUCCAGAUUUUCACAAUUAUUUCAUGCAAGUUCCUCAGUUUCAUCUCCUUGGUCAUUUUCCUUCCCUUCCUUUAUUUCUAUAAGUUGGUCAUUCUCUUAAUUAUCUCUAUGAAGAAAAAGAACACGGCGAAUACCAAAAAAGAAAGGAGUUCGGAGUGGGAAAUAAAACUUGAAAAGGAACCAGAGUUUCCCAAACAUACGAUAGAGAAAUUUGUUAGUAUUGCUGAUGGUUAUAUCAAGAAAGGCAAGAAGAAGACAAAUUCCAUGAAACUAAUCAAACUCCUCAACAAAGCAAAUGGAAUCGAGAAAUUCAAUCUCAAUCUUAUUGAAAGCCUAACCAGAAUAACCAUAGACGGUAUUCCUAAUAAUCGAAAUGGCAGUUGGACCAUGAUGGUUGUGACACUUUCCACCAUUGCAGUGGCCUGCUCAAGGGAAUGUGACGGGGAGUUUGUACUUAUGGUGAGCAAUAUCCUUCCAUACGUCAUAUACGUUGAUGAAACUGUUGGUGUUGGCUCAAAAGUUGACAACAUUAGAACUGAUCUUGUCGACGUUGCCAUGGUUGUGUGGUUUGAUGUCCACUUCUUUAGAAAAUGGCUAAAAGAUGAUACCAAAUUGCCAAUCGUCCAGACCACCACCACAACCGAGAAUAAUUCUUUGAAAGAGAAGCUUACAAUUCUAAGAGAUUCCAGCACAAAUUAUAUCAAGAAUACAACAACAACAACAACAAAAACGGGUGAUGAUAAACUGAGAGUCACAGCAGCGAAAUGGAUGAACAAAACGGUUGAGAUUGUUCUAGAACAUGUGAUGAUCGAUGAUCUGUCCGACAAAAUAGCUGGAAUGGUUGCAGAUAUCUUAGCCGCAUGCUUGGUAAACCUGUCAAAAGCCAUAACCAUAAAGAUCUCAGACACUCCCAUUGAGAAAAGAGAGGAGGUGGUGAAACAGGCCGCCUGCAUAUUCGGAGAGACCGAAAAAGUUCGAGAAUUUGCAGAGAAAAGACUUUCCUCCAUAAUAUCUGCUGCCCAAGAUCACAAGGCAUACGCAGAGGCCUCGUGGUGGAAGGUUGUGAUUAAAGACUACACAAAAACAGCAGGUUCGAAGGCGUCUCAUGUUUCUUCCUACGACCAUAAGAUAGAAGUCAACGUGGAUGAUGCAUCAACAUUCAAUAUUAAUCUCACAGGGAAGUGAUCAUUUGCAGUUGAUGGUUAAUUAAUUAAAUAAUUAAGCUUACUUUAAUAUGUUAAUUUGAUUUGUUAGUACUAUGCUUUCAGCUGUUUAUAUCAUUGUAAUAAUUAGUUUCAAGUAUGUCAUGUGUAUGUGUGGUUUACUUAAUUUCUCAAUGAAGUCAUUUUA